UUAGAAGAGUAGUUAUCUGAUCUUAAAAAAUGUGUUGCCAUCAUGUUCCCCAGGCUGAUUUUAAAUUGCACUAUGAUAGGCUCCUGCCGUUGCUAAAGCUGUAUUGUGCAGGAGCGGUCAAGCGCCCUAUCUUACUUAAUAAAGGGGCUCAAAAGCUGCGAAGAAAGUCUAGUUGCUCUAAUCGAGCUAUGAAAUCAGUGAUAAAUUUAAAGCAAACCUUUGCUGGAGCAGUUAUAGAGGUCUCCGGGUUGACCAUUGAUGGUAUAUGCAUCAGAUACAUUUGGAGUUGCUCCUGUUCUUGUGGCCUGCCUCACUACAUCAAUGGGGACAAGGGAUCAUUAUACCAAGAAGUAUGGGCAGUUCGCGCGUUGGCUUGGGGAACGGAUAGGAGUCUCCUUCUUUCGGGCGAAUGACCAGAGCUCCAUAAACAGUGGCUCUGAGCCAUGAGCUAUGCGCAUGCCACCACAGUGUACCUACCUGUCCUUGAAUGGUAAAUCUGUAAGUGUAACUCCCUCCUGGCCUAAUUGGGCAUUGAGUAAUGAAUUCUGGUCCAUCGGCCCACCCUGUUCUCAUCUGCCUCACGCCAUGCCUGGAUAAGGAUAA